AUGGCUGAAAUCCGUGAGAAGUCAUAUUCUCUUGGCCACAGAUGGCGCUCGUCGCAAUUUUUCGUUCUUGCAACAAUCGCAAUUGCGCUGUUCGCUGAGACUUUCCUAUAUGGAUAUCUAGUUCCCAUUCUCAACUUUAUGCUCAUGAACCGCCUUCAAUCAGACCCAUCUCAUGCUCAAGAGUUAAUCUCGACUGUUCUUGGAGUUUAUGGUGUUCUGGGUGUGGUCACUGGCCCUAUAAUUGGACAUCUUGCCGACAAGAGCCCAGACCGGAAGAUGCCAUUGUUAAUAUCUCUAAGCUUAUGCAUUGUGGGCACUUGUCUUGUCGCAGGGGCUCAUACCAUCCAUAUACUUAUCUUUGGUCGAGUGAUGCAAGGCAUCGCCGGAUCUGCUGUAUGGAUUAUUGGGUUUGCAACUGUCGCGGACAAUAUGAGCCCAGAUAGGGUAGGUUUUGGAAUGGGGUUGAUGUUGUCGUUUGCGAACUCAGGAACAAUCAGCGGUCCUGUAAUAUCUGGGCUGCUCUUGGAAGCGACUGGCUACUGGGCUACAUGGUCGGUCCCGAUUCUGGUUCUUACAGUAGACCUUAUAGCGCGUGUUGUCAUGAUUGAACCUCCACCAAAAGCGUUACCUUCGCCGAACAUUGCUUCCACUGGAUUUUCUCCACUGGAGAUCUCGGGCGAAGAACAAGAUGGUCUGUCUGAAGAAAAUAGUUUCUGGCGUAUUAUUCUAUUUGACGGCCGUGUUGUAACAUGUUUGUUGAUUACAGGCAUGAGCGUGACGGUUACUGGAAGCUUUGAAGCUACUCUUCCUCUGUAUGUUCAGGAAAAUUUCGGUUGGGGCUCUAGCACGGUUGGUAUGCUGUUUUCCGGUCUUGUCAUUCCGGGUUUGAUAAUCGGUCCUCUCGCCGGUUGGGUCCGAGACCGUAUCGGAGCAAGGAUUCCUGCUGUAUUCGGCGCUAUCCUUCAAGCCACAGUUCUGAUAGCAAUGGGUCAGCUCAGGAACAAGGCAAUUUGCAUAACUAGCAUCAUCGCUAUAGGUACAUUACGACCAUUUGUCUCAGGUAUUGCACCAGCAGAGCUCACUGCUGCUGCUAAAGCUCACCAGGAAAGAACGCCAGGUAUUUUUGGUACCAACGGUGGGACAUCAAGGGUUAUUGCUAUGCUUGAUGUUGCAAGCUCUCUUGGCCUGAGCAUCGGCCCCCUUCUGGGCGGGGUCCUCAAGGCUCUGAUAGGCUUCAAAUAUAUGACCUGGGCAUGGGGCCUCUCAUAUCUUAUCAUCGCUUUCUCUGCAAACCGGUACUUUUUAUCGAAAUAA